AUGAGCGCUCCAACUUCGACUGCCCACUCGCCGGGCGCGUUCACGAUUUCGAAAGACUCUCGACAGCCCGCUAACUACAUCAUCGAAAGUGCGAAGAGAAAUGCUCGCAAGGAGGAGUCCUAUGAGCAAGGAGAAUACCGUUUCGAGAGUAUUUGGGAUCACAUCAUUUCAUCGCAAUGUGAUCACGCGGAAGAUGAUGAUGAUGGAGCUCAAAAGUGCAAGAUUUGCUUGUUUGGAAGAGAACUUUCCCUAUUACCGCAUCAUCCCGAACUUCUGUUUCCAGACAAUGAACUUAUCAUUCGUUGGAAGAAUCACCCAAAUGCGCAGAUAAGUUUUACGGCAUUGGAAGCUUUGAAGAUGGUUAGCACAAGUAAAUUGCCAGACUUUCAGGUUGCAUCUGCAGCUACUUGGCAAGAAGCUCGAAAGGGAUUGGAAGAAUUCCGAGAAUACGAAAAGCCUUUUGAUUGGACUUAUACAACCGAAUACGCUGGCACACUAAAAGAAGUGCAUGAAUCUGAAACGGAAGAUGCGAUUGAUAUGGAAACUCUAAAGCGCCAGGACCCAAUCCUUUUCUAUGCUCAAAAUGUUCUUUACGAAGACGAGCUUCACGAUCACGGAAUGGCGCAGUAUAGCGCUCGUAUUCGAGUGAUGCCAACUUGUUUCUUCGUUCUAGUCCGUUUUUAUCUCCGGGUCGAUCACGUCCAUGUCCGGGUUUGCGAUACUCGUGUAUUUGGAAGAACGCAUGAAACGUCAAUAAUUCGUGAAUGGAGUCUUCGAGAGGCUAAAAUGGAAACGUUGAAACAUUUGGACAACGAUGUGAUCAACGAUCCGAAUCAAAUUUGGACGCAUCUUCCCAUUGUGAAGGAACAUACGGCCAAACUGGCACCAUUG